AUGUUGUCAACUGGGUUGUCUUCUGUUUAUUCAGGUUUCAGUACUGCAGCCGGCAUUGCUGGGAAUAUCUUUGCCUUCGUGCUGUUUGUGUCACCAUUGCCAACAUUCAAGAGAAUCAUUAGAAACAAGUCAACAGAACAAUUCUCUGGAUUGCCUUACAUAUAUGCCCUUUUGAAUUGCUUGAUAUGUCUUUGGUAUGGCAUGCCUGUAGUGAAGACUGGUAUUAUAUUGGUGGCCACAGUCAAUUCAUUUGGGGCUGUUUUCCAGUUAGUCUACUUGAGCAUUUUCAUUACGUACGCUGAAAGAGCAACUAAGCUGAGGAUGUUGGGAUUGUUAGGGGCAGUUGCUGUUAUAUUUGCGUUCGUUGUCUUCAUGAGCUUAGGAAUUUUAGAGUAUGAUGACAGGCAAACGUUCGUUGGAUAUUUGAGUGUCGCUUCACUUAUUUCAAUGUUUGCUUCGCCGCUGUUUAUCAUAAAACUGGUUAUCAAAACAAGGAGUGUCGAAUUCAUGCCAUUUAAUCUCUCUUUUGCAACUUUCUUGAUGAGUCUCUCUUUCUCUGCCUAUGGAAUAUUCAAGGAAGACCCCUUCCUUUAUAUCCCAAAUGGUAUUGGAACAAUUUUAGGCCUUGUCCAGUUGGCUCUCUACUCCUACUAUCGCAAGAUAUCUGGAGAAGACUCAAGAGAAUCAUUGAUAGUUUCAUAUGUGUGA